ACAGCUGCUGAUUAGAUUCUGUGUCUGCGGGCUGAAUUUAUUCCGUGUUUUUCAGCAGCAGGAAUUCAAGAGGGAUGCUUCUGUUUGGGUUUCUGAUGGUGAUUUAUAUUUAUUCAGAGGAAUAACAGAGGGUGGAUCUGUUCCCGGCGCGAGCAUGCUCACAACCAGCCGACUCUCCCAUUAUCCCACUGCCUAGUUUGGUGCUCCAAUGUACAUGGAUCUUCCGUGUGCAUACGUGUGUAUACAAACACGCAUGCAUGCCUGGAUGGACAUACGUAGGCACAGGCUGUUUUUUAAGGACAAUUCUUUCAAUAAGGUCUUUACCCCUUACUUGAAACAGGUGUUCAUGAAAAAAAUGCACAAUAUCCCGACUGGCCGGAAUAAUUCAUGAAGAAGGGGCUGGAUCCGUGGGUCAGAGAACACAGGACCAGUUUGCCAUCCCAAGGCCGAAGGAUUCGAGACACAAACCCAGCAGCCUGGAAGUAGUUCAUGGAGCAGCCUCAAGAGACCCCGGCCAGGCAAGCUCUCCCCUCCAGAGGGCAGAGUGGUGUGUAAGAGGAGGCCGCAGCAGCGUGGACAUGAAUGCUGGUUUCCAAAGAGAACAGCGUUUUAGUUUCGGUCACCGGAAGUGGUGCCUUCAGCACAGAAGAAGAGUCUGACUUCUCCUCCGAGGCCACCGAUCACCAAACACGGGACAAAGGAGAGAGGAAGCCAGGACGGAGCUGCCCCCAGCAUCCAGUGUGGCGUCUCUUGGGCUGGCACCAGGGAUGACUGGGCCAUGGACACAGACGUCUCCCACCUUCAGCCAUUCGCAUAGCACACGGGGGACUYGUGGGGGCCACUUGCCACUGCCCACCGGCACAACACAAUGGCAAUACUGACAUCCCCCGUGACGUUUUCACRACAGACAUUCAGGCAGGAAGCGCCGGUGUGCUUUCUGUCUGCCAAGUAGAGGGCCAUGCCUCACCCAGAGGAGUAGCUUGGGCCCCAGUGACCUGCUCUGAGUCCACUGGCAGCCAGUGACACUUGCAAAAAAAAAAAAAAAAAUCUCCCAAAGCCGUCUCAGGGUGGGCUUCUGCAGCUUUUGACCAAUGUGGCCAAAGCUGGACGCCUCCUCCGGACACUUGGAUUCUUCRUAAAUGCAGCCUGCCCCACCCUCCCUGAGUAGCAUCUGAGGUCUCCGCGAAGGUCAUGGAUCCUGAACAAAGCAUCAAGGGCACCAAGAAGGCUGAGGGAAGUCCCCGGAAGCGGCUGACCAAAGGAGAGGCCGUUCAGACCAGUGUUUCCUCCAGCGUCCCCUACCCAGGCAGCAGCACAGCUGCCCCCCAAGAGAGUGCCCCCCAGGAGCUCCUAGCCCCGCAGCCCUUCCCCGGCCCCUCGGCAGUUCUUAGGGAAGGCUCUCAGGAGAAAACGGGCCAGCAGCAGAAGCCCCCCAAGAGGCCGUCCAUCGAAGCCUCCGUCCACAUCUCCCAGCUUCCGCAGCACCCUCUGACACCAGCAUUCAUGUCGCCGGGCAAGCCGGAGCACCUCCUGGAGGGGUCCACGUGGCAGCUCAUUGACCCCAUGAGACCUGGGCCCUCGAGCUCCUUCGUGACACCUGGGCUCCACCCGCAGAGCCAGCUCCUCCCUUCCCACGCUUCCAUCCUCCCCCCUGAGGACCUGCCUGGCAUCCCCAAGGUCUUUGUGCCCCGUCCCUCCCAGGUGUCCCUGAAGCCCACGGAAGAGGCGCACAAGAAGGAGAGAAAGCCCCAGAAGCCUGGCAAGUACAUCUGCCAGUACUGCAGCCGGCCCUGCGCCAAGCCCAGCGUGCUCCAGAAGCACAUCCGCUCGCACACGGGCGAGAGACCCUACCCCUGCGGCCCCUGCGGCUUCUCCUUCAAGACCAAGAGCAACCUCUACAAGCACAGGAAGUCCCAUGCCCACCGCAUCAAAGCCGGCCUGGCCUCGGGCGUGGGCGGCGAGAUGUACCCGCCAGGGCUGGAGAUGGAGAGGAUCCCYGGGGAGGAAUUUGAGGAGCCCACCGAGGGAGAAAGCACAGACUCCGAAGAGGAAACUGGCGCCACGUCUGGGCCCCCCACAGAGCUCCCCGCCAGGCCUAAGCACCCCCUCCUCUCCAGCAGCUUGUACAGCUCCGGAAGCCACAGUUCCAGCCACGAACGCUCCUCCCUGUCCCAGUCCAGYGCAGCACCGUCGCUGGAGGACCCGACUCCCUUUGCAGAACCCUCAUCGGAGCAUCCCCUGAGCCAUAAGCCGGAAGACACCCACACCAUUAAGCAGAAGCUGGCCCUCCGCCUGAGUGAGAGGAAGAAGGUGAUUGAUGAGCAGGCGUUUCUGAGCCCAGGCAGCAAAGGCAGUACUGAGUCUGGGUACUUCUCCCGCUCCGAGAGCGCUGAACAGCAGGUCAGCCCCCCAAACACCAAUGCCAAGUCCUAUGCGGAGAUCAUCUUCGGCAAGUGCGGACGGAUUGGCCAGAGGACCGCCAUGCUGACCGCCACCUCCACCCAGACCCUCYUGCCCCUGUCCACGGAAGACAAGCCCAGCCUGGUACCUUUGUCUGUGCCCCGGACACAGGUGAUCGAGCACAUCACGAAGCUCAUCACCAUCAACGAGGCUGUGGUGGACACCAGCGAGAUAGACAGCGUGAAGCCCAGGAGRAGCUCUCUGACCAGGCGCAGCAGCAUGGAGUCCCCCAAGUCCAGCCUCUACCGGGAGCCCCUGUCGUCCCACAGUGAGAAGACAAAGCCCGAACAAUCACUGCUGAGCCUCCAGCACCCACCCAGUACCACCCCCCCUGUGCCCCUCCUGAGAAGCCAGUCUAUGCCUUCGGCCACCUGCACCCUCAGUACCCCCCACCACACCUUCCGAGGUAGCUACUCCUUCGACGACCAUAUCACCGACUCUGAUACCCUGAGCCGCAGCAGCCCAGUGUUUACCUCCCACCCCCGGAUGCUGAAGCGCCAGCCUGCCAUCGAGCUUCCUCUGGGAAGCGAGUACAGCUCUGAGGAGGCUGGACCAAGUAGCAAAGACGCAGCCUCCAAGCCCUCCGACGAACCGGAACCCAAGGAAAGUGAACUCACCAAAAAGACCAAGAAGGGCUUGAAAACAAAAGGGGUCAUCUAUGAAUGUACCAUAUGUGGUGCUCGGUACAAGAAAAGGGAYAAUUACGAAGCCCAUAAAAAGUACUACUGCUCAGAGCUUCAGAUCACCAAGCCCCUCUCUGCAGGUGCUCACGCAUCCUCCGAAGCCGAGAAGAGUCCAUCRGAACACGAGCCGUGGUCCCAGAUGAUGCAUUAUAAACUGGGGGCCACCUUGGAACUCACUCCACUGAGGAAGAGGAGGAAGGAGAAGAGUCUUGGGGAUGAGGAAGAGCCGCCUACCUUUGAGUCAACAAAAAGUCAGUUUGGCAGCCCCGGGCCRUCCGACGCCGCUCGGAACCUUCCCCUGGAGUCCACCAAGUCACCAGCAGAACCAAGUAAAUCAGCGCCCUCGUUGGAGGGACCCACGGGCUUCCAGCCUCGGACUCCCAAGCCAGGGUCCAGUUCAGAAUCAGGGAAGGAGAGGAGAACAACGUCCAAAGAAAUUUCUGUCAUCCAGCACACCAGCUCCUUCGAGAAAUCCGACCCUCUCGAGCAGCCCACUGGCCCGGAAGGGGAAGACAAAUCUCUGGCCCAGUUCUCGUCCCCGCCACCUGCCCCGCACGGACGCCCGGCGCAUUCCCUGCCACCCAAGCUGGUCCGCCAGCCCAACAUUCAGGUUCCAGAGAUCCUGGUGACYGAGGAGCCGGACCGGCCUGACACAGAACCCGAGCCACCUCCUAAGGAACCCGAGAAGACAGAGGAGUUCCAGUGGCCCCAGCGCAGCCAGACACUGGCCCAGCUCCCAGCCGAGAAGCUGCCACCCAAGAAGAAGAGGCUGCGCCUGGCGGAGAUGGCCCAGUCAUCCGGGGAGUCCAGCUUUGAGUCUUCGGCGCCUCUGUCUCGAAGCCCGAGCCAGGAAAGCAGUGUCUCUCUGAGUGGGUCCAGCCGCUCAGCCUCAUUCGACAGGGAUGACCACGGGAAAGCUGAGGCCCCUGGGCCCUCAUCUGAUCCUCGCUCCAAACCCUUGGGCACCCAUAUGCUGACUGUCCCCAGCCACCACCCACAUGCCCGAGAGAUGCGGAGGUCAGCUUCYGAGCAGAGCCCCGACACUUCCCACUCUGCCCACGUGACUGAGAUACGCAGCAAAUCAUUUGACUACGGCAGCUUGUCCUUGACAGGCCCUUCUGCACCAGCCCCAGUGGCUCCACUGGCUCCGGCGGCCCCGCCAGAGAGAAGAAAAUGCUUUCUGGUGAGGCAGGCYUCUCUGAGCAGGCCUCCGGAAAUGGAGCCAGAGGCCACCCCUAAGGGAAGACAAGAGAGUGAGGACCCACAGUCCUCAUCCGGGAAACCUUCAACCAAAAGUUCGUUGCCCCAGAUUUCCUCAGYGGCCACCUCGCACAGUGGGCACCCGGGAGGCAAGAGCCAAGUGCAGGACAGGACCCYGCUGGGGUCCACUCCACCCUUCACGGAAGCACUGCAGGUGCUGCACCACCCCGUGGCCCAGCUGCCCCUGCAGGAGAAACCAUAUCUGCCCCCACCUGUCUCGCUUCUUUCUUUCCAGCACCUCUUGCAGCACGAGCCAGGACAGUCUUCAGACUUCUUCUCCAGCCAGGCCAUGUCCAGCCUCCUCUCCUCACCAUACUCCAUGCCUCCACUCCCUCCGUCCUUAUUCCAAGCCCCACCACUUCCCCUCCAGCCUACUGUUCUGCACCCAGGCCAACUCCAUCUCCCCCAGCUCUUGCCUCAUCCAGCUGACAUUCCCUUCCGGCAGCCCCCUUCCUUCCUCCCCAUGCCAUACCCGGCCUCCUCAGCACUCUCUUCUGGGCUUUUCCUGCCUCUGCAAUCCCAGUUUGCACUGCAGCUCCCUGAUGUGGAAAGCCACCUGCCCCAGAUCAAAACCAGCCCAGCUCCACUGGCGACAGCAACUCCUGGCCCCUCCUGCAGCACAGGGUACAGCAGUGACAUCCACUUGCCCCCUGCAGCUCCCCCAGCCAGUUCCUCGGCACCCACAUCAGCCCUGCCGCUGGCCCUGCCCGCCUGUCCAGACACCAUGGUGUCCCUGGUUGUGCCCGUCCGCAUUCAGACCAACACGCCRUCCUAUGGGAGUGCAAUGUACACCACCCUUUCUCAGAUCUUGGUCACCCAGUCUCAAGGCAGCUCAGCAAGUGCACCUCUUCCCAAGAGUGAGGAGCCCUCAUCCAAAGGGACAGCCGCGUGUGGGGCACACGUGUAUGAGGCUGGGCCUGGACUGCCGGGCUUAAGUGAAGAGCAAAGCAGAGGUUUCCAGACUCCAUACCUGAGAGUGCCUGUGACAUUACCUGAAAGAAAAGGCACUUCCCUGUCAUCAGAAGGUGCCUUGAGCCUUGAGGGGAGUUCCUCGACAGUGGGGGGAAGCAAACGUGUCCUUUCACCAGCUGGCAGCCUUGAACUUACCAUGGAAACCCAGCAGCAAAAAAGAGUGAAGGAAGAGGAAGCUUCCAAAGCAGAUGAAAAACUUGAGCUGGUAAAACCAUGCAGUGUUGUGCUGACCAGCACUGAGGGUGGGAAGAGGACAGAGAAAUCCCAUCCAGGAAGCCAGGGCCAGGGCAGGAGGGAGCUAGAAACACUGGCCAGCCUGUCCUCAGAUCCAUCUGACCCCAAGGAAAUUCCUCCCCUCUCUCACUCCACAUUGUCCCAUGGGACAGCCCCAGGCUCAGAAGCUUUGAAGGAAUAUGCCCACCCAUCUGGGAGAGCUCAUCGAAGAGGGUUGCCCCCACUGAGCGUGAAGAAAGAAGAUUCCAAGGAACAACCUGAUCCCCCUCCCCUGGCUCCUCCCAGCUCUCUGCCUCUGUCAGAAACGUCCCUCAGACCUGCCAAGUCACAAGAAGGUACGGACUCAAAGAAGGUACUGCAGUUCCCCAGCCUCCACACGACCACUAAUGUCAGUUGGUGCUAUUUAAACUACAUUAAGCCAAAUCACAUCCAGCAUGCAGAUAGGAGGUCCUCUGUUUACGCUGGUUGGUGCAUAAGUUUGUACAACCCCAACCUUCCGGGGGUUUCCACUAAAGCUGCUUUGUCCCUCCUGAGGUCUAAGCAGAAGGUGAGCAAAGAGACAUACACCAUGGCCACAGCUCCGCAUCCUGAGGCAGGAAGGCUUGUGCCAUCCAGCUCCCGCAAGCCCCGCAUGACAGAGGUGCACCUCCCGUCGCUGGCUUCCCCGGAAGGCCAGAAAGAGCUAGCUAGAGUGGAGAUGGAGGAGGAGAAGCGAGGGAAGCCGGAGGAGGACGCUCCCGCCCCCAAGAGAGGGGAGCCGGCAAGGAUCAAAAUCUUCGAAGGAGGGUACAAAUCAAACGAAGAGUAUGUAUAUGUGCGAGGCCGCGGCCGAGGGAAAUAUGUUUGUGAGGAGUGUGGAAUUCGCUGCAAGAAGCCCAGCAUGCUGAAGAAACACAUCCGCACCCACACUGACGUCCGACCCUAUGUGUGCAAGCACUGUCACUUUGCUUUUAAAACCAAAGGGAAUCUGACUAAGCACAUGAAGUCGAAAGCCCACAGCAAAAAGUGCCAAGAGACAGGGGUGCUAGAGGAGCUGGAAGCCGAAGAGGGAACCAGUGAUGACCUGUUCCAGGACUCGGAAGGGCGAGAGGGCUCCGAGGCUGUGGAGGAACAUCAGUUUUCAGACCUGGAGGACUCGGACUCGGACUCAGACCUGGAUGACGACGAGGAUGAGGACGAGGAGGAGAGCCAGGACGAGCUGUCCCGGCCAUCCUCAGAGGCGCCUCCACCCGGUCUGACAGCCGUGCCGCGGGCAGACUCCUCACCUGUCCAGGGUCCUCGGCCCCCAGAUGCCACCUCUGACAAGGAGGCCACACGAGGCGGCUCAGUCUCUGAUGCUGAGCACUUGACAGCCAGCAGUUGCUCCACGUCCAGCCAGAGCAUCCUGGGUCUUCCCCAGCUGGGACUGGCCCUGUCGGGCCCUGUGGAGAAGGACACAAGCUCAGCCCUGAGCUCUAAGGCCAUGUCCCCCAGAAGGCCAUGGUCUCCAAGCAAAGAAGCAGGCAGCCGUCCACCACUCGCCCGCAAACACUCACUCACCAAAAACGACUCAUCUCCCCAGCAGUGUUCACCGGCCCCAGAACCACAGGCCUCAGUUGCAAGCAUGCUUGGCCCCCAGAUGGGUCCAGGAAGGGACACGGCCCCUCCUCCUUGUGGGUCUCCAAGACUUGCGCUGUCUUCUCUCACUCCCCACCCCCUGGGAAGAGAACUGGCCCCUCGAACACAUCUAUCCCCAGAACUUGAGGGAACCACAGAUCCAGGCCUCUCCAGACGCUCACCCACCGGGAGACGGUCUCUGGGUCGGGCUGAGUCACCACCACGGUCAGCGCUGCCAUGGAAGUGGGCCCUGGCUGGGCCAGGCAGCCCCGCAGCGGGUGAGCAUGGUCCAGGCUUGGGGCCAGCUCCGCGGGUUCUCUUCCCGCCCACACCUCUACCUCACAAACUUCUUGGCAGAAGCCCGGAGACCUGCACCUCCAUGUGGAAGGCCGAGUCCCGAAGUCCAACCUGCUCACCUGGCCCUGCUCAUCCUCUUUCCUCCCGACCCUUCUCCGCCCCCCAUGACUUCCACGGCCACAUCCCAGCCCGGACAGAGGAGAACAUCUUCAGCCACCUGCCUCUGCACUCCCAGCACCUUCCCCGUGCCCCGUGCCCCUUGAUUCCCAUCGGUGGGAUCCAGAUGGUACAAGCCCGGCCUGGGGCCCACCCCACCCUGCUGCCAGGGCCUUCCACAGCCUGGGUCAGUGGCUUCUCGGGGGGUGGCAGCGACCUGACAGGGGCCCGAGAGGCCCAGGAGCGAGGCCGCUGGAGUCCCACUGGAACCUCAUCAGCCUCUGUGUCCCCCGUGGCUAAGGUCUCCAAGUUCACACUCUCCUCGGAGCUGGAGGACAGAGACUACCCCAAGGAAGGGGAGAGGACCGGCAGAGGCCCAGGCAGACCUCCUGACUGGGUACCCUAUGGGGCCAAGGUGCCUGUGGAACCUGUGGCCACACACAGCCCCUGUACCCCACGGCCACCCCAGGACCAACAGGUGGCACAGUCCUGGAGCCUCCACUUGGAGUCACCAUGCACGCUGGCCACCCCGGAGGCCUCUGCCGCCCCACCACUGGACCGCAGCAGCUCCGUGGGCUGCCUGGCCGAGGUCUCUGCUCGCUUCCCAGCCCGGAGGAGGAACCUCUCUGGGGAACCCAGGACCAGCCAGGGCUCCCCCAAGCCCUCAGGUAGUGGGGAGCCCAGGGCAUCGCCACCCCAGCCCAAGGACAGGGCCCCCCCAAGCACUUAGCCUCUCUCCGUCCAACCGCGUCAGCAUCUGGCUUCCGGUGUUCCGCAACAGACGUUUGCAGCCAACGUCCUGGAGUCAUCUUGCUCCCAUGGGCCCCCUGUCCCAUCUGUCCAUCUGUCCACACAGUUUCUGCUCAGCUCCCAUCUGUUAUAUCUUCCCACGUAUUGCAGUUACCUGUGCCUUUUUCUAUACCUUUUGUUGCUUGAAAAGAAACAAAUCACACACACACACACACACACACACACACACAUACAUAAAAACAAGACAAACCCA